CAUCGUCGGGCAGCAGCGGGAACAGAGGAAGGAUGGGAAGGAUCGUAAAAUUCUAUAUUUUUUUUGGUUCGAAGUAAAUAUUCUAUUUUAAAUUUUACAAAAUCUACUUGUCGACAACCAGUGAAACCGUCCACUUGUAUCUUACGUACAUCCGACCUUGUACAGUGCGUGUCCCUUUGCACUUUGGCACGGUUGGCAUUUUACUAGUUUAAGAAGAUUAAUAAUACACGUCCUUGUCUAACUUGACUUUUAAAAUUUCAACAAAGUUGAUUGUUGUUUUAAUCUGGAAGUUUUAUCAUAUCGCACGUUCACACGAAGAAAUCAUUCCGCAUAGUUCUUGUCACUAAUUUAUGUUGAAUGAUUCUCAUUCGUCUACUACUACAACCUUCGUAUCCGACUCGUCCCUUGUUCAAUCAGACGACGACGACGACAAGUCGGAAACUCCUGUGGUCCCAUCAAAGUGCGCCACUCACAUGAUGGGAAGAUUGGGCCAAGAUCCAGAAGUAUCCACGCCAAGGAAUGAUUUGGAGACUGGCGGUGAAGAUACGGAUAAACAACAGCGUCGAAAUUUCGUUUCACUUAUGGAAGGAUUAGAUUUGGAGCAUGGGAUUCGUUAUAUAAGUUAUGAGUCGGAACUCCAAAUGCCCAGCAUUAUGAAACUAAUUCAAAAGGACUUAUCAGAGCCCUAUUCUGUGUACACGUAUCGUUACUUUAUUCACAACUGGCCAAAACUGUGUUUCUUAGCGAUUGAUGGGACGGAAAUGGUAGGGGCGAUUGUUUGUAAGCUAGAUGUUCAUAAACAAGUCAAUCGGAGAGGAUAUAUUGCCAUGUUGGCAGUAGACGAGAAGUAUCGCAGAAAGAAAAUUGGUUCCAAUCUGGUGCUUCAAUCAAUCAAGGCGAUGGCUGCAGAAGAAGCUGACGAGAUCGUAUUGGAAACUGAGAUCACUAACAAGUCGGCCCUACGUCUUUAUGAAAAUUUGGGAUUUGUCCGCGAUAAACGACUAUUUCGUUAUUAUCUGAAUGGUGUGGAUGCCCUUAGACUUAAGCUGUGGUUAAAGUGAUAACAGGAAUGGCGUCGUAUAUUUAUGGGAAUUGUGUUGAAGGCAUACGCAUUAUUAAAUUAUGCACGUACACGUGAGUUUCGUACGAUAUUAAUUAUUAUGUCAAAUGGUUACAAACUAGUCUGAAACUUUUUUUAUAAUAAAGUGUUUGUCAAUCUUA